AUGCCGGGAACGUGCCACCGGCUACGGAUCCCGUCGCUCGUGCUGAGUCGCUCCUCGAAGGGGGCCAGCGGUGGUCCCCCGUCGGCAACGGUCUCCGCAUCGGCGGCUUGUACCGGCGGUGAGGAUGAUGAUAUCUUCCGGUACGACGGGCUCGGUGGCCCCUCGUCACCGCCGGCAACCGCCUCGACGGCGACGGUCAAGAAGGAGCGCCACCGGGUCACGAUGAUGGGUGCGGCGCGCGUCGGCAAGUCGUCCAUCAUCUCGCAGUUCCUGUACGAGAAGUACCUGUCGCGGUACAAGCAAACCAUCGAGGAGAUGCAUCGCGGCGAGUACGAGCUGCCGGACGGGUCCAGCCUGACGCUGGACAUCCUCGACACGUCCGGCUCGUACCAGUUUCCGGCCAUGCGGGCCCUCUCGAUCAACACGAGCGGUGCGUUCAUCCUGGUGUACGCCGUGGACGACGAGGAGACCUGGAACGAGGUCGAACGGUUGCGCGAACAGAUCAUUUCCGUGCGCGGCUCCCGGGUACCGAUCGUGAUCGUCGGCAACAAGGCGGACGUGCCGGAGGAGCAGCGCCAGGUGACGUUCAAGGUGGCCCGCUCGCGGGUCCUGCUCGAGUGGGGCUGCGGGUAUGCCGAGUGUUCGGCCAAGAACAACGAGGGCAUCCUGACGGUUUUCAAGCAGCUGCUGCGCCAGGCGAACAUCGAGUACAACCUGAGCCCGGCCGUGCGGCGUCGCCGGAAGUCGCUGCCCAGCUACACCGGCGGCUCGAAUCCGGCCCGCAGCAACUCCGCCCGGUACUACCUGAAGCGGCACUCGUGCUCCGUCCAGUGA